GAGCCGAGUUUCGGACCUUAGACCCUUUCUAGCGUCUCUAACUAGAGGGAGUACAGCAGGACCCAGCUCUGGAUAAGCAGAACAAUCGCUAGAGAUCAACUCAAGACUCAUCACCUUCUUCAAGUUGGAAGACACAAACCUCAAGGAGCUCAAAAUGGGACAAAGCUGUCUGCAAUGUACAAAAUACUUGCUGUUCAUCUUCAACCUCAUCUUCUGGCUGGGGGGCUGUGGGCUUCUGGGAGUCGGAGUGUGGCUAGUGAUAACGCAGGGAAACUUCGUGACACUCUCCUCAUCCUUUCCGUCUCUCACCGCGGCCAACUUCUUCAUUGCUGCCGGCUCCGUCAUCAUGAUCGUGGGAUUCCUGGGCUGCCUUGGUGCGGUGAUUGAAAACCGUUGCCUCCUGCUUAGUUUCUUUGUGGUGCUUCUGAUCAUCUUCCUCCUCGAAAUGAUCAUCGGAAUCUUGUUCCUGUGUAACCAAGAAACUAUAAACCUUUACGCAAAGGAGGAGCUCAGAAACGGGCUGAAAUUCUACAACACAUCUGGAAACGCAGGGCUGACGAAUGGCUGGGACAUUGUGCAGACAGAUUUCCGGUGUUGUGGCGUUGUCCAUUACAAAGACUGGUUCAGCAUCUUAAACGGAACGAAGGUGCCCACUUCGUGCUGCUUCAAGUUGGUCAACAACUGCUCAACUAAUCCUGAUACCUGGUGGAAAGAUGCAUGCUAUGAAAAGGUCAUCGAAUGGCUGAAGGACAAUGUUGUGGCUGUCUGCAUCUUUGGACUCUGCAUCCCAGUGCUACAGAUACUCGGACUAAUUUCGUCCUUGGUGAUGUACUGUCAGCUCGUCAAAACGGAGAAGCAAUACAGCUGAAAAGAAAUCGCCUGUCUCUGCGAACUCGGAGGCUCAGUUCUCCGUUUCUUCUUCACACGUUUUUGGCAUGUAGGCCAUCUUCAAGUAGAUAACUGAAUGAUUAUCCUCCACAGGGUUAUAACACGUACUGCAGCAUUUUAAAAUGAUUAUAAAGAAUAUCUGAAUUUACGAUUCCCUAUCUCCCCAUCAGCAGGUAGGGGAAAGUGCAGACACUGUUGUGUUAUUCAGCCCGCAGAUGCUGAAAUUAGAAGCUCCAAUGCUAUAACAGCUUCCUAGUGACAUCAUCACCGUUCAGUUCUGCUCUGUGUUGAAAGCACCUCCUCAAGACAUCCUCUGUACACCUCUGAAGUGUUUCAGAGUCAACAGGAAAAUGCUUUCAGUGCCAGAGCAUGUGUAAUAAACUUUUCCUUCGACAUAAGUUUCUUCAUAAUGUUUUUCUAAUAGUUUUGCAAGGCCAAGUUUCCUGCAGAGCGUCAAUCCAGCAGGGGAGCACAGUUUGGAGGGCUACAAGACUUGUCGGCCUGAUUCCACAACCCACACUCCCGGGAGCAAGGGUUGCCAACUGUGAUUGGACGAGCUCCUGGAGGUUUCAUCACAUGACCUCUUGUCCCCAACUGACCCAGCCCUACACUCUUGCCAUUGGUCACCCAAUCUGUCCAUCCUCAUGGCAUUCCACCUACCUUUGGCCAAGUGGAAAAUAAACAGAGAUAAAAACAAAACAGCCUCUCCGACUGACUGUUUGGCUAACCUUUGAUUGUCACUCAAACAGCUUUUUGUUCCCUCAUGUUGAAUAUUUUAACCCUGAGAGAAUAUUUUAUACUUACGGAUUCUGGUAUUAAACAGAAAACCACUGAUCGUUGAAUCAUAGCUUUGAUGCAGAAUAGAAGGUGGGCAUUUGGCCCUUUGUCCCUGUGCUGACUCAUUUUCAAUUAGUUCCACUCCCCUGCCCCUUUCCAGUAACCCUACAUAUUUUUCCCUUCAAUUAUUUAUCCAAUUUCUUUUUGGAAGUUACUAUUGAAUCUGUUUCCACCGCCCUUUCAGGCAGCACAUUCCAGAUCACAAGUUCUGUCGAAGGGUCAUGAGGACUCGAAACGUCAACUCUUUUCUUCUCCGCCGAUGCUGCCAGACCUGCUGAGUUUUUCCAGGUAAUUCUGUUUUUGUUUCAGAUCACAACAACUCACUGUGUAAAACAAAUGUCUCAACCCCACCUCUGCUUUCUUCUGUCAAUUGUCUUAAGACCCUGUCCUCUGGUUAUCAACCCUCCUGCUACUGGAAACAGUUUCUCCCUAUUUACCCUAUCUGUUCUGUAAAGGGCAACAUGAUUUUUCAAACUUCAAAAUGAACACCGUGGGCAGAGGGAGCGACAGAUUCUCUUGGCUAAUUGAAACUGUCUUUAGCACUCUAAUUCCACUUGCCUUUGAGAGAUGCCCAUCCUGUGGCCUGUAUGAAUGUCAUCUUUCAGAGAAUGGAUGAGUGAAAGGGCUUGUAACAUGUAAACUUUCUGAACAUUACAAUUAAAGUUUCCAAACAACCGA